AUGGAAUUUUGCCAACAUUGGGAAUUAGCAAUAGAAACAAAUAGAGAGUUAAUUAAUGUUUACGAGACAAUUUUUUUUGAUUAUUCAAAAUUAUCAGAAUUGUUGAAAAAGAAUGCUUCUUUAUAUGAAAAAAUAAUUAAAGAAUUAAGGUUUGAAUGUAAUUAUUUUUUGAUUGCUUUUUAUGGAAAAAAAUGCCCUUCUUAUUUGGCAAACAAAAAAUUUAUUUUUCGUGGUCAACCAUUAGAAUCUUGGGCUACUUUCAAGCAACGUUUCCUUGCGUCAUUUUCGGAUUUUAAAUUUAUUGAGUCAAUGGAAAUUACUAGUGAGGAGUUGGAAAAAUCAGAAGAUAAACUUGUACAGGUUGGUUAA